GAUGUGUAGCGGAUGCAGUAAACUCUAACUGCUUCGAGAAUCAUGAGAUGGUCAGGCUACUGUUUUGUACUGAGUGUGGCCACUGUGGCGGCAGCAAGGCAUCUAGAAACGUACAAAAUCGACAAGACGAAAAUGUCCGUGUCGGGGUUUUCGGGCGGAGCUUUUUUUGCAGUGCAGUUUCAUGUCGCAUUCUCGUAUGAUAUAAUGGGAGUAGGCGUGGCGGCUGGAGGUCCUUACUAUUGUGCUCAAGACGACAUAGAAUUGGCUGUCGGUUCAUGUAAGAUUUCUCCUUACCUCAUCAAUAUUCCUCGUUUGGUUAAUAUCACUCAUGAAAACCAAUGGAAAGGCACAAUUGACAAUGUAAUUGGAAUGCGAGGCGACAAAGUGAUGCUAAUAUCAGGAAGUAAAGAUACCGAUAUACAUCCAGGAGUCAUGAAGAAAUUGCUUGAUUAUUACACGAAUUUUGUUGAUUCAUCGGACAUUGAUACUAAAUUUGAUAUUCCAGCUGAGCAUGCCUGGUUGACUGAUGACUAUGGGCAUCCAUGCAACUAUUUGGGACAACCGUUUAUCAAUAACUGCCACUACUCUGCAGCGUAUGGAAUUCUUAGUCACAUAUAUGGUGAUAUCACUCCGGAAAAUAGUUCAGUUGCGAAUCCUGAUAAUUUGCUUGAAUUUGAUCAGUUUGAAUUCUUUUCCUCUUUCAAAAAGGCUAGCAUGGAUUCGAUUGGGUAUGUGUAUGUGCCAUCUGCGUGCCGCAACAGGAGUAAAGUUUGUCGCUUACAUGUUGCUCUUCAUGGCUGCGAAAUGUCAAGAGAGUACAUUGAUUCGAUCUAUGUGGAGCACGCUGGCUACAAUCCUAUUGCCGAAGCAAACGACAUUAUUGUGUUGUAUCCUCAAACGCACUCAGAUAUUCUAAAUCCACUAUCAUGUUUUGACUGGUAUGGAUUUACAUCUUCAGCUUAUGUCUCUGAACGCGAGUACACCAAACUGUACAGGAUCAUGAGAUGGUCAGGCUACUGGUUUGUGCUGAGUGUGGCCGCUGUGGCGGCAGCAAGGCGUCUAGAAACGUACAAAAUCGACAAGACGAAAGUGUCCGUGUCGGGGAUUUCGUCUGGAGCUUACUUUGCAGUGCAGUUUCAUGUUGCAUUUUCGUAUGAUAUAAUGGGAGUAGGCGUGGUUGCUGGAGGUCCUUACUAUUGUGCUCAAGAUAGCGAAACAGUGGCUCUAGGUCCAUGUAUGGUUUCCCCUUACCUCAUCAAUAUUCCUUAUUUGGUUUCUAUCACUCAUGCAACCCAACUGACUGGCACAAUUGACAGUGUAACUGGAAUGCGAGGCGACAAAGUGAUGCUAAUAUCAGGAACUAAAGACACAAUUAUAUAUCAAGGAGUCAUGAAGAAAUUGCUUGAUUAUUACACGAAUUUUGUUAAUUCAUCGGACAUUGACACUGAGUUUGAUAUUCCAGCACAGCAUGCCUGGUUGACGAAUGAUUAUGGCCAUUCAUGCAACUACUUGGGACAACCGUUUAUCAAUAACUGCAACUACUCUGCAGCGUACAGAAUUCUUAGUCACAUAUAUGGCGAUAUCACUCCGGAAAAUAGUUCAGCUGUGAACUCUGAUAAUCUGCUUGAAUUUGAUCAGUUUGAAUUCUUUUUCUCUUUGGGACUGGCUAGCAUGGAUUCGAUUGGGUAUGUGUAUGUGCCAUCUGCGUGCCGCAACAGGAGUAAAGUUUGUCGCUUACAUGUUGCUCUUCAUGGCUGCGAAAUGUCAAGAGAGUACAUUAGUUUGGCGUUUGUGGAGCAUGCUGGCUACAAUCCUAUUGCUGAAGCAAACAACAUUAUUGUGUUGUAUCCUCAAACGCACUCAAAUGCUUUAAAUCCUCUAUCAUGUUUUGACUGGUGGGGAUUUACAUCUCCAGCUUACGCUUCAAAAAUGGGACCACAGAUGGUGGGUGUAAAGGCAAUGAUUGAUCGACUGGCUGGUUGAUAUCAAGAUGAUUGUAAUAUUGGUGCUACAUGUAUGUAGUAAAAACAGUCUUUUGUAGUGUAUGUUGCAAAUGGACUGUAAGGCAUUUUAUGGCUAAUUUGUGAGCGUACGUUGUACUGUGAAGGCAUACAAGCCUUGGAUUUGUCAACAUCACAUCGAGUUUUGUUUGGUUUGCUGAUCACUUCCUGUUGACAAAGUUUAUUGCAUUUAAUACAUGUCUACA